UGAAGAACUGUCAAAGGUUGAAACUUGAACGCGACUGCAAAAAUGCAACUUUUUGUGUACAUGUACUAGUUUCCAGAUUUACAGUCAGUUUUGUGAAUUUAUCGAGUUGAUUUCACAUAAUUUCAGUGUUAAAUUAUGAUUUAUUCAUCGAAUAUGUUUGGUGUUUGUGUUGAAUAGUGAUGUGAUAGUGUAGAAGUAAAUAUAACUGGUUGAUUUGGUUCACAAUGUCGGCAAAAGACAAGUGGGUUCGCCGGUUUUCGGUUGACGAAACCGCAAAACACAAGAAUGGAUUUACUAUUUACAAGAUUACUUCAGUGGUAAAUAUUUCGCUGUUCCCAAUACAGUCUCCCGAGGCUCUGACGAUGGUGUCGGUGUGGAAGAGGUACAGCGAUGUCCAGAGGCUGCACAAGAGUAUGCGGUCUCUCCAUGCAGGGUUACACUUGAGGGGUACCUUCCCCUCGCUCCCACGAUAUAGCUUCUUUAAGAGAUUUCAGCAGGAGGUGAUCACAGAGCGAGCUAAGACUAUUAAGUCUCUACUGGAGUUUAUUGCUGAGCAUCGCCUCCUCUUCACCAGUACUGACUUCGUCAACUUUUUACAGACAGGCUACCCGGAGCCAGAGCCUCGAGCUGGUGGCGUGAUCAAUGCGAUCAGAUCGUCGCUGCACCUGCCCAUUGAGGAGACCCCGCCGCUUGAGUACCAGACCGAUGAUGAUGAUACAUCCACUCCGACGCAUACAGCCCGGGCCGCCACAGAAUCGUCCCACGCUUCACUCACAAGUCGGGACGAAACCGACUUCAUCUCACAAAUACCCAUCUACGAGGCAGCCGACGUCGAAAUCCGACAUUCACCCAAAAAACUCUCCUUAGCCGACAGUUUCGAAUCCAUCAACUCAAUAGAAAGCAUCGACAGUGAUUUAUACGAUGAACUAAAUAAAUUGACAGUGGAUAAAAAGCCUAGUGUCAAAACAAAAUCAGUGUUGCCAGACUUAAUAAAUUUUGACGCGCCAUCGACUUCUAAAUUUGAUGAUUACCACACUAUGCGUAAGAAGGUUGAUUGCGAUACUGUGUCUUUGAAUUCUAACGUGUGUUCUUCGAGUUGUGAAGUGGAUUCUAGACGAAGUAGUUCGCGAGUGUCGUUAUACAGUAAAAGUGUAUUAUCUUUGUCGAACGAGUGUAAGACUAAGACAGAAGACAGUUAUGUGUUUGAAGCUGGUUAUAUGUUAAAUUUGGCGGCAAGGUGCGAAGAUAUGGGUGACUAUCAGAGAGCUUUUGAAUGCUACAAAUCUGGUAUCGAGAAGAUGUUAAUUGGAGUACAAAGUGACACAGAUGCACAACGCCGGGCGUUGAUAAAGGAGAAGACGAACAAAUACCUGUCAUACGCCGAAGAGAUAUACAAGAAUCAUUUGUGUGAUACGGAACAGAGCUUACUACCGGAACGCGACGACAACGCCCGAGCGAUCCACUGCUCCAUCCCAUCGGCGAUGCUGAAGCGUCCCUACGAGGAGUUGUCUCUGUACCGCGUGCUGGACAUCCUGGCGUCCAGCCUCAUGCUCGUGCUGCAUCGCACUGAACAGGCUUACUAUGCUAUGAAGGUGAUACAAAAAAUACCGAACAACUUAACAGAAUUUGACGAAUUCUUCCUUCAACGUACAAACGAGACCCGACAACCAGUGUUACCAACCGUCAUACCCUACAUGGUACCACUACACGCAUACAUAGAAACCAACAACUUAAUAUUCCUAAUACUCUCCUACGCACCUGGCAAAAAACUAUUCGACUAUAUAAAGAAUUACUCAAAAUCUCUACCAGCGACACCGGCCAGAGAAGUGAAUUUAGAAAAUGUUUUCACCGAACCGAAGAAUAAGAAUGUUGAACAGAAUGAUAAUGUUGAAAUAGUGUUGGAGACUGUUGAACAGUCGGAUAAUAAUGAGAAUUUGACUGUGAAUGAGUUGGUGUUGAAUUCUCAAAAGUUACUGUUGAAUGUCGAUAAAGUGUUGAGUGAGACGAGUGGGGAUGUCCCUACUGAGAAGAAGGUGGAAAGGAAAGUUGAUAAUGCGAGUGAAACUCCUACUUAUAAGAGGCAGCUAGUACCCCUUGGUCGGGAGGUGCUGCCGGCAUCAGCGUUAUGCAAGUGGGGAGCUGAAAUACUGACCGCCGUCGAGAGCCUGCACAACUGCGGCGUUAUAUGCAGAGACCUAAACCCAUCCAACAUCCUGCUGGGCAAGGCAGGGCAGGUGACGCUGACGUACUUCACGUACUACAGCGGCGCCGACAUGCGCCACGUGUCCGACACCAGCCACAGCCGCAUGUACAUAGCGCCUGAACUUCACUCGCCGUGUCUAUACUUCCCGGCGGAGUUGGACCACGUGUGUGACUUCUGGAGCUACGGCGCCAUUAUGUACGAACUGCUGUGUGGCGUGCCGUUAUCCUACUACCACCGCACGGUUUUCACGUCGCAUACCAUACUGCACUUGCCGGACGGACUCUCCAUGGAAGCACAGUCUUUACUUACACAGCUCCUUACAUACGAGCCAUCAGAACGCCUGGGGGCAGGUAAGGACGGCAUCGAAGAGAUUAAGCGACACCCAUACUUCAAGCAUAUCGACUGGCAGUACAUAUACGACAGCUGGACUGUACCAGACUGAUGUUGUGUAGCGCAUAGUGAAGGGACAAUGUUGUCGAUACGUGAAUAAGUUGUCGACGAAAUUGUUUUGUUGCAAGUUAAGUUAGUAGUGUGAUUGGUUUGUUUUAAUUAUUAUUGAUGAAUGGCAAAAUAACUGUUGAAUUAAAAACUUCUUUUUUAUUACAUAAAAUCUAGGUCUGGCCGGAAAGAUCGAUAAUAAUGAAGAUUUCCCAUGAUAAUGUUGUUAUAAUUAUUUAUCUUUUAAAUACAUUUUUUUCACAUUUCAUGCAAAACUUAAUCACAAUUUUAGUUGCAAAAACAUAUUUACGUUUACUUUACAUUCAAUAAAAAAAAAUGUGUAUACGACUAUACUACAUAAUUAGACAAGUUACAAUUUACGUAUCGACAAUAUAUGAACUUAAUCAUGCACUGAGUACUCAGUAUUAUAGACUGUAGGUUACAAAUUGUAGUGAGGUUUGAUAAUGUAGGCUCGUAGCGACACUGUUGGUCAUUCUAGUGGUUUCUGAACGUAUUGGUACUUGAGGCUUUCCGAAUUAUAAUGUAAUAUGUAUUGUUAAGCCAUUUUCAUCGACAACAUAAUCGUCAAUUUUUCUCAAAACAACUGUUUACCUUGAAAAUUAUCUUGAAUUUGAAUAGUUGACAGUUGUUUUAAGAAGACUUUUAUGAUGUCGGAAAACCUGUAGCUCAUGUAUACUAUAUACAUGUGAAAUUGUAUACAUAAUUACAUAUCGAUAUCGAUAAAUUAUUGUACCUUGUAAGCUAACGGCACUAAGCUAAUGAAGCUAAAAUUUCAUUUUGUUUUAUUUUGUGGUACUUAGUUAUUUUUAUAACUAAAAACUUACUGAAUGUAAGUAUGCUCUCUUAAUUUCAAAGCAUUUUCUGCAUUAUUUUUAAGUGGAAUUUUCUUCACAAUGUUAUUUUGAACUUUUGCACGCACCGAUCCAGGUGUAGACUUUUAAUGGGUACGACUUAUGCUAUUGAUCAUCGUCAUCAUCAGCCUAUCGCAGUCCACUGCUGGACAUAGGCCUCUCCAAGUGCACGCCACUGAGAUCGAUUUUCGGCUGCUCGCAUCCAGCUCCUGCCAUUUGCAUUGAUCAAAUAAGUUAAUUACCGACGCUGUACUGAAACGUCAUUUAUUUUGAAAUACUGCUCAAACGUAUGUUACGUUACUAACUGAGACAGAAAUUUAAGUAGAAAGUUAAGUGACAUUUGAGUAUUUGGAGUUAUAGUAUAAUUAGUAUUUUUUUUUACCAAUACGUUCUAAGCCACCAAUUUCUCGAUAUGUAUGAGAUCUGUGUAGUACAACCAAUAUUCCUAUAUGUUUUAACAAAAUUCAAUAUCCAAUUGAAAUCAUUAUAAUUGUUUAAAAUAAAGAAGGAUUAACUAGGAGGUCAAGUAGUUUAUUUUAGAAAUAUUUUGAGUUACUAACUUUUAUUUGAGUUUUUAAGUUAGUAUUGUCUGUUUUCUUUUUUAAUUUAAUUUAUCGUUUAUUAUACGUUAUUUGAAAAUUCUUUGUAAUUUUUUUCUUAGUUAGCUGGGAAAAUAUUUUAAAACUUACUCUACUAAAAUAUUGAAAACUACAUGUUAAUUGUGUGUGAAAGUUAAAAACUGCAAUCUCAAAAAAUACCGAAACAAAGUAAAGAAAUUACUUAUACUUAUUUAUUUAAAAUAUGAUAAUAACGCUUUAGCUAAAAUAUAUAUUAGUUAAUUUUCUCAUAGAUUUGAUUUAUUUGGAUUUGUAUCAGUAUUUAUAGUUCGCUCACAUGAUUUACGAAAUCUCUUAUUUAUAUUUGUUUUGUUGCUUACACUUAUGUAGGAAUAUAUAAUUAUUAUAUAAAAUUGUGUGCAUCUAGUCUGUACGUUGAUUGUCCUACAAUUAAGAGUAUUAUUCACAUAUUUAUUUAUAUUUAAGUAGUUUUAGUACAAAGUAUAAUCGUAAAUGAGUGUAUAAGUUUGUAAGCUUGUUAUAAGUUAUUAUUUUAAAGAAAGACAUUUAGUUUUAAUUUGUAUUUAGUUCCUUACUGCUUUUCUAUUUAUACAACACUUAUAACUUGCUUUGAAAAAAAUAUUAAAUAUAUUAUGCAUUUACUAUAAACAUUUCAAUUAAAGAAUAUGCGCUAUUACGUAGCAAGAGUAGAGAAAGCUGAAUCUUAAUUUUUUUCUCGAAAUUACCAACAUAUCUCUACAGAUAUUCACUUCGUCAUAAACGAAGUCAAACACUUUUUCAUCGUCAUUAAUUAAUGUACUUACUUUAAUAGAUAGAUGGGUAUAUUAAUAUUAUACAAAAACCGUCUAAAUACCAUCAAAACUUAUCUUUUGUAUUUGUCUAAAAGCUUUGCUUGUCCGAAGUUGGCUCAGUUGGCUGCUAAUGUCUUCAUCUUCAUGCUAGUCAAAAUGUAUGAACAGAACAGUACUGCGAAUGUGCUGGGCUUCAAAUGGCUAACUUCGGAGAAGCAAAGUUAAUUGACGAGACUUUAAACAUAUUGUUUUAUCACAUUUACAAGAAAAUUAGAGAGAGAAGGUGGACAAAGUUUUUCCAAGGAGUCUGGUUUAUUCAUUUAUUUAUUUUAUCACUAUUUAUCUAAACAUUAAUUAAAGUGUAGUACUAUUUUGUCAAAAUAUGUAUGAUAUCAUAUUAGGCCUCAUGUAUUAAUUCGACCAAAUUGUUUAAAUUAAUGUUAUUAUAAUUAAUAAUACAUUGUGUAUGUGAUACGAGUAGUUUGUGGUACUUCUUUUGAAUAGUAUUUGUAUGAUAGAAUAAAUGAAUACGAGUAA